UGAAAUCCAACCAAUGAAAAAGGAGUGUUCGGAAACACUCAACAAACUGGUGGAUGAGUUUGAGAAGAACUUGCGAAUGCUAGAAAAAGAAGGAGAAAGGGUCGAGGGAUGGAGUACUCUCCUAGUGUUUCGUUUAAGCUCUCUUUUGGACUCCACAACUAUGCGACAUUGGGAGUUACACAGAAGAUCAACAAAGAUUCCAACAUACGCGGAUUUGAUUACUUUCCUACGCGGUCAUGUUCAUGUGUUGAAAUCCGUUAGUAAAGCAUCGAACAUCAGGACACCGGAAUCUUCACGUUCAGCAUCCCAUAGCGGCAUUAAGCACCAACCACAACGGCAACAAACAGUGCAUGCAACGACAGAUAAUGCAGAGAAGUGUGUGGUUUGUAGUGCAGUGAAACAUUCUGUAUUCCGUUGUGAAGUGUUUAACAAAAUGAGUGUUGCCGACAGAAGAAAUCUGGUUCAGUCGAAAAAUCUGUGCUUCAACUGCCUUUCAUCAUCCCACAAGCGAAAUCAGUGUACGUCUAGUUCAUGUAAAGUUUGCGGAGCCAAACACCACACAAUGCUGCACAACCAGGAAGACUCGGUAACUAAAAGCCCUUCUGACGCACCCGCGGCAGAAACCAGCGCGCUCACGUCGUCACAAUCUCUGACUCAUUGUUCAGUGAAUGAACGAAGUACCACCGUGCUACUACAGACGGUAGUACUGAAGGUAGUAGACUCUAACGGACAACCUCAAUUAGUUCGCGCAUUGCUCGAUUCAGCAUCGCAGCUAAAUAUUGUCAGUUCGCGGCUGAUUCAACGUCUCCGCAUACCCAGACAGAGAGAACAUCAUUCCAUCGGAGGUAUUGGACAGUCUGCAACCGUCUCGAAACAUGCAGUUCAUCUCGUGCUUCAAUCCCGAAAUAGCGACUACACUACUACCGCAAAAUUCAGGAUACUUAAUCAGGUUACGCGCGAUCUUCCAGUAUUUAAGGUAAAUACAUCGAAAUGGAAGAUGCCGGAACAUAUUGAUCUUGCGGAUCCUUCCUUCUACGAACCCGGACCGAUCGAUCUAAUCAUCGGAGUAGAACUCUACUUUGACAUCGUGGAAGAAGGACUUACAAAACUGCCGUAUGGAAAGUUGGCUUUACAGAACACUGUAUUCGGAUGGGUAGUGGCUGGAAGAGUCGCGGUUGACAACCCUAGCACGGACACUUCAAUUGCGAUGCAUAUUAACAGUUCAACGAUUGAAGAGCAGUUAGGCAAAUUUUGGGAGCUUGAAACAUGCCGAUCCACCAGCAUACUAUCAGUGGAGGAAAGUGUUUGCGAAAAGCAGUUUACAGACACAACAGUUCGGAAUGCAGAUGGCCGAUUCAUUGUGCAUUUGCCUAAACGAAAAGAGAAGCUUUCUCUUCUGGGAAAUUCUAAGGAGAUUGCCAUUCGCCGCUUUCAGUCCUUAGAACGUCGAUUAUCCUCAAAUCCAACCUUGAAGACUGCUUAUUCCGAAUUUAUCCACGAGUAUAUUCAGCUGAACCAUAUGAGUGAAGUAAGUGAUCAGACGACCGAUGAAUCAUCAUGCUGCUAUUACUUACCACAUCACUGCGUGGUACGACCGGACAGUACCACAACGAAAUUGCGUGUAGUGUUCGACGCAUCUUGUGCUUCCGAUUCGGGAGUAUCAUUGAAUGAUGCUUUGAUGAUUGGGCCAACAUUACAAGAUGAUCUGCUGUCCAUCCUUCUUCGCUUCCGGACACCGAAAUUCGUAAUGAUAGCAGAUAUCGAGAAAAUGUAUCGGCAGAUCCUCGUCAGCCCAGUCGAUCGCCCUUUACAACGAAUCAUCUGGCGUGAUUCUACAACCGAACGACUACGCACCUUUCAACUGAAUACGGUGACCUAUGGAACAUCAUGUGCACCGUAUUUAGCCACCAAAUCCCUGCAAGUGCUCGCUGAACAUGGAGCUACAACACACCCUGAAGCAGCUGUAAUCCUUAAACGAGAUUUUUACAUGGAUGAUAUGCUGACCGGAGUUGACAACAUCAAAGAAGGCCAAACGCACCUACCACACCAUCUACAAGACGAGCGCAAUGUCUACAACCUGGACUCCAAGACGGCAAUAAUCAAAACGCUUGGAUUAAAAUAUCAUCCAUCCGAUGAUGUCUUCCUGUUUGAUGUUCCGAAGUGGGUUACAGCAGACUCCAUUACGAAACGAAUUGCCGUAUCAGAUUCAGCCAAACUGUUUGAUCCGCUGGGAUUGGUGGGACCCGUCAUUGUUUUGGCCAAAAUGUUUCUGCAGGAACUCUGGAUGCUACAGCUAACCUGGGAUGAACCGCUCGACCAGGAGUUGCAAGGCCGGUGGUUAACAUUUCGAGAGCAACUAACAAGCCUGAAGUCUUUAAAAAUCCAACGUCGAGUACUUACCAACAAAUUGGGUUCUGUUCAGAUGCAUUGUUUCUGUGAUGCAUCGGAGCGAGCAUAUGGAGCGGCAAUAUAUAUUCGAUCUGUAGACGAGGAUGGACGAGCGACAGUUAAUCUACUCACGGCUAAAUCCAGAGUUGCUCCCCUUGGAAACUCUCGUAAGCAAAGGAGAAUUUGUUUACCGCGUUUGGAAUUAUCUGCCGCACUUUUAGCAGCUCAUCUUUACGAGAAGGUUACUAACGCGUUAAACUUUCGGGUGGAGACUUCUUUCUGGUCUGACUCUACAAUAGUACUUCAUUGGUUGGCUUCAAGUCCGUCGCGAUGGAAGACGUUUGUGGCCAACCGAGUGUCGGAAAUUCAACAUGUGACUUCAGGGCUACCAUGGUAUCAUGUUCCGGGGAAGCAGAACCCAGCCGACAUCAUUUCUCGUGGUAUGGAUCCGGAGCAUCUCGCGUCUUGUGACCUGUGGUGGCAUGGACCUGACUGGCUAACCAAGUCAAAGGUGGAAUGGCCCAUUACUGGUUUGACCAUGGAUACCGAUUUUGAAUCCGACGCGCUUGAGCAACGACAAGUGUCGCUGAUUACACAAGCUGUACCCCCUAACCCACUGUAUGAUUUACAUUCUUCCUACUCUGGUCUUCAACGCAGGAUCGCAUGGCUGUAUCGGUUCAUCUACAAUUCCAAGCCAGCCAACCGCGGAAAGAGACGACGAUCGCAUUUAACGUUGGAGGAACUGGACAAUGCCACCAAAUGUCUAGUACGCCUAGCUCAACGUGAAGCUUUUGGUAACGAUCUUUCCAGUUUAUCAAAGGGUAUUCAAAUCAACAAAAAGUCACCACUGAAAUUGCUAGCACCGUACGUGGAAGAUGGACUACUGAGAGUAGGUGGGCGUCUUCGACAUGCUGCGAUUUCAAACGACCGAAAACAUCCUUACAUACUGCCAGCGGGUCAUCCAUUGACUGAGAAACUGGCCACGUACUACCAUCAUAAAUUUCUUCAUGCCGGUCCGCAGCUUCUUAUUGCUAGCAUUAGAGAACGGUUUUGGCCGUUACGCGCCAAAAACCUAGCAAGAAGAAUAGUGCAUUCCUGUCAUCGAUGCUUCCGCUGCCGACCCACCGUACAGCAACAAAUAAUGGGUGAUCUACCGGCCGAGCGAGUCACUCCAACUUUCCCCUUUCUUCAAACCGGUGUCGAUUUGUGUGGUCCCAUUCAUCAUCGACCCUCUCAACGCAAGGCACAGCCGAUUAAGGGAUAUGUGGCGAUCUUCAUAUGUAUGACGGUCAAAGCUGUCCAUCUGGAACUGGUUGCUGAUUUGUCCACGAACGCAUUUCUGGCGGCACUUCGAAGGUUCAUCUCGCGACGUGGAAAACCAGCCUUAAUCGAGUGUGACAACGCCAAAAAUUUCCUGGGUGCAUCUCGCGAGAUUGCUUCACUGGCGAAGCAAUUCAACAACGAAUGGCGAACUAAGGUAACCACUUCUUGCGUUGACGAAGGUAUCCCUUUCAAGUUCAUCCCUCCUCGAUCGCCAAAUUUUGGAGGCCUCUGGGAGGCCGCCGUCAAAUCUUUCAAAUCUCAUCUUCGGCCUACCUUAGGAAACGCAAUCCUUACGAGCGAAGAAAUGAACACUCUACUCAUUCAAAUUGAAGGAUGCCUGAACUCGAGACCCCUAACCCCGCUGUCUAGCGAACCGUCGGAUAUGGAGGUAUUGACUCCAGGUCAUUUUUUAAUUCAUCGCCCCAUCGUGUCUCUUACCGAACCUUCGCUGGAGAAUCUACCGUGGAACCGUCUCGAUAGGUGGCAACAGGUUCAGGAAUAUCUUAGACGAUUAUGGAAAAGAUGGUCAACCGACUACUUAUCCGGCUUGCAGCCCCGCACAAAAUGGACCCAGCAGCGCAACAACAUUCAGCAUGGAACGAUGGUUCUUUUAAAGGAGGACGGGUUGCCGCCCUUCAAAUGGUGUCUCGGGCGGAUUAUACAAGUCGUCAAAGGCGCAGACGACAAUAUACGCGUGGUAGUGGUUAAAACAAAAGACGGGGAAUUUAAAAGAGGUAUCUCAAAAAUUUGCGUUCUUCCGAGCCGCGAGCAACUGGCUGAUUAGGGUUGAAUUAGGGUCGAGUAAUUCAACGCGGGGGAAUAUGUUACGGCAAAAACAUGUUUUCUUAAAGUACAAUUCUAGCCAGGUAACGCCCUAAGAUC